GCUGGGCGCUGCUGGGCUGCGGCGGCGGCGGCGGCGGUGGCGGUUACUAUGGCGGAGUCGGCCGGAGCCUCCUCCUUCUUCCCCCUAGUCGUCCUCCUGCUCGCCGGCAACGGCGGGUCCGGGCCCCGGGGGAUCCAGGCUCUACUGUGUACGUGCACCAGCUGCCUACAGGCCAACUACACGUGUGAAACAGAUGGGGCCUGCAUGGUUUCCAUUUUCAACCUGGAUGGAAUGGAGCACCACGUGCGCACCUGCAUCCCCAAAGUGGAGCUGGUUCCCGCUGGGAAGCCCUUCUACUGCCUGAGCUCCGAGGAUCUGCGAAACACGCACUGCUGCUAUACUGACUUCUGCAACAAGAUUGACCUGAGGGUUCCCAGUGGUCACCUCAAGGAGCCUGAGCACCCUUCCAUGUGGGGCCCUGUGGAGCUGGUUGGCAUUAUUGCCGGCCCAGUGUUCCUCCUGUUUCUCAUCAUCAUCAUUGUUUUCCUUGUCAUUAACUAUCAUCAGCGUGUUUAUCACAACCGCCAGAGGCUGGACAUGGAAGAUCCCUCAUGUGAGAUGUGCCUCUCCAAAGACAAGACGCUCCAGGAUCUUGUCUACGAUCUCUCCACGUCGGGGUCUGGCUCAGGGUUACCCCUUUUUGUCCAGCGCACAGUGGCGCGAACCAUCGUUUUACAGGAGAUUAUUGGCAAGGGCCGGUUUGGAGAAGUGUGGCGCGGCCGCUGGAGGGGUGGUGAUGUGGCUGUGAAAAUUUUCUCUUCUCGUGAAGAACGGUCUUGGUUCCGGGAAGCAGAGAUAUACCAGACAGUCAUGCUGCGCCAUGAAAACAUCCUUGGAUUUAUUGCUGCUGACAAUAAAGAUAAUGGCACCUGGACACAGCUGUGGCUCGUCUCAGACUAUCACGAGCAUGGCUCCCUGUUCGAUUAUCUGAACCGGUACACAGUGACGAUCGAGGGGAUGAUUAAGCUGGCCUUGUCUGCUGCCAGCGGGCUUGCACACCUGCACAUGGAGAUCGUGGGCACCCAAGGGAAGCCUGGAAUUGCUCAUCGAGACUUAAAGUCAAAGAACAUCCUAGUGAAGAAAAACGGCAUGUGUGCCAUUGCAGACCUGGGCCUGGCCGUCCGUCACGAUGCUGUCACUGACACCAUUGACAUUGCCCCAAACCAGAGGGUGGGAACCAAACGAUACAUGGCCCCUGAAGUACUUGAUGAAACCAUUAACAUGAAGCACUUUGACUCCUUUAAAUGUGCUGAUAUCUAUGCCCUAGGGCUGGUAUAUUGGGAGAUUGCUCGAAGAUGCAAUUCUGGAGGAGUCCAUGAAGAAUAUCAGCUGCCAUAUUAUGACUUAGUGCCCUCUGACCCUUCCAUUGAGGAAAUGCGAAAGGUUGUAUGUGACCAGAAGCUGCGUCCCAACAUCCCCAACUGGUGGCAGAGUUAUGAGGCGUUGCGAGUGAUGGGGAAGAUGAUGCGAGAGUGCUGGUACGCCAACGGCGCAGCCCGCCUGACUGCUCUGCGCAUAAAGAAGACCCUCUCCCAGCUCAGCGUGCAGGAAGAUGUGAAGAUCUAACCCUGCUUUCCUCCCCCUACAUGCAACCCUGGGCAGCGAGGACUACACAGAGCUGCCAUGUUGAGCGUACGAUGGAGGCCUACCUCUCGUUUCUGCCCAGCCCUCUGUGGCCAGAAGCUCUGGUCCAAAAGAGGGACAGAGCCCAGGAGACCCACUCACUCCCAUGUUGGGUUUGAGACACAGACACCUUUUAUACUUACCUCCUAGUGGCAUGGAGACUCUGAGAGCGAAUGGUGUGGAGAACUCGGUGCCACAACUCGAACUGGUUGUAGUGGGAAGUCCCGCCAAACCUGGUGCAUCUGGUGGAUGCCAGGAGUGGUGACGGGUGGCCUGGGAGGGCCCAGGUGAACCUGAGCGUCGCCAGUGCUAAGCAGCACUGAAGGUUCCCGCCAGGGACCAACCCCAGCACACCGAGGUGGCCCAGGGGAACCAGAAGCGCAGCCCUCUCGCAGGCAGCUCCGGGCCCACGCUCCACCCUCGUGCAGAUGUCUGGAGGAACUGCCAGCGGAGACGGAAUCUGCCGCCUGUCUGUCCAGCUGUGUGUGCAUGUGCCGAGGUGCGUCCCCUGUUGUGCCUGGUCCGUGCCAUGCCCUUACAUACGUGUGUGCGUGCGUGCGUGCGUGCGUGUGUGCGUGUGUGUGUGUGUGUGUCUGUAGGUGCGUACGUCCCUGCUUGAGCUUUCUGUGCAUGUGCAGGUCUGGGGUGUUUGUCAUGCCGUCUCUGCGUGCUGGUGCCUCUGUUCAGUAGUGAGCAGUGUCUUGUUUCCCAGUGCCCUUCCCAGGGGUCUCCCUCCCCGCCCCUCCCCCGAACUCUGAGCCACGGCAGUCCUCCUUUCCCAUCUUGCAUCCACACCACUCUCCUCCCCCAUUUCAGACUGUGGAACCAAAGCUGGCCCAGUUGUCCACGGCAGGCGAGGCUUUCGGGUCCGUGUGUGAGGGAGGGGCGGGGUGGGCAGGGAAAGCAUCCGGGCGUAUGUCUCGGGUGCUGUGGUCAGCUGCACCCGUGGGAAAUGAGCCAGCCCAGGGCAUCGUCCUCAGCAGCAUCAAGGAGGGGCCAAGGAAUUUGAAGCCCAAAUCUGGGGACUCAGAUUGGAAUGUCACAUCUGUCUUUCAUGUCCCAGAUUCUGGAAACAGCAGUGUAUAUUUUUGGUGGUGGUGGGUUUAGGGUGGGGAAGGGAAGUGGGGACAAGAAGUGGGGAGGGAGUUAGGGGUGGGAGGGAGGCAUCUGCAUGGGUCUUUUACGGGAUUAUCCGAUCCUGGUGGAGGGAAGAUAUGAGGCUCACACCCACUUCAGGGGCCCUGCUAAAGGGGAAAGCCUGAGCCGAAUCGCAUUUAACCUGCGUGUAGUAUUUAACGACGUCUAGAAGCACGGUUGUGGGUGGUGGUUUGGUCAGCGUAUCUUAGCUAUAUAAUAACUUUGAAGCCAUAACUUUUAACUGGAGUGGUUUUUUUUUGUUGUUUUUUAAUUUUAUUGGGAGGGUCUAGAUUUUAACUUUUUUUAAUAUUAAGUUUUUAUAAAAGGAAAACCAUCUCUAUGUGAUGAUUACCUCUCAAUCUAUUUGUUUUUAAAGAAAUCCCUACAAAAACAACCACAAAAAAAUAGUUCAAUCAAACGCACAUAGCUCAAUCACACUGGAAAUGUCUGUCCCUGUACCUGAGCCUGUUCCCACUCUGCGGGGGAGGGUCUCUGCCUGCCCUGGGGCUCAGCCUCUCCUGCGUUGUGCCCCGCCCCCAGGCCCAGGAGUGGUUUCUGGGCCAGGGCCCUAGCCUUCUGUGCAUUGUCCAGCUGGUUGCACCUUCUCCCCCUCCAGGCAUUUACUCUGCACUGUUGAGUGCCUGGUGGGUGCCAGGCACUGUGCUAAGUGCUGGGAAUAUAGCUGUGAAUAAGGCUUGGGUCCUGUUUUUGGAGCACUGAAGAAGGACCUGAUCCAAGUUAGUGGGCGCCUGUUUUGAGACCAGAAGUUUUCAUAUAGGAGUUGGUUCUGAGAGCCUUUUGAGCCUGGAAUGAUUGCUCUUACAGAAGACCACUGAAGAGCAAGCGUGCCCCCCGCGCCAAAGAGACUCGUGGGGGGCAUGAGAGCCCAAUCACUGCGAGCAUUCAGAGCUCCCUUCCUGCCCCAAGGGGAGCACGUUAUGGAUGCAGCUUCACAGCACCCCUGCCUCCAGCCCAGCGAUUCUCUGCCAAAGCUUGUGGAGGACAGGGAGAGCCCUCUCCCUGCUUACGUGUUUCCCUGAUGCCCCCGGCCUUUCUAUUUAUUUUCCUGAUGUAUUGCCUCUUUCCUUGUGUUAAAGGAGAUCUUCCCCUAACUAUUUAGGCCAAUUUACUGGCUGUUGAUUAAUUGCCCUUGAAUACCAAUUGUGUCAUGGGGGACCUCCUUUCCCCACCCCGCUGAUCCCUCACCUCUCCGCCCUGCAGCAGAACCUGGCGGGUUCUAAGUGGUAAUGGGACUUAGACUCCUGUGCCGUCACAACCAGCCUCUAGGAUCUGCCAACACUCCUCAACCCAGGGACUCCCAAGCCACUAGCCUACUCCCUCGGUGGCCCGUCUGUCCUCACCACACAUGUGGUCCAGCCCUUCCACCCUUGGGGAAGACUGAGCAGGUUUUUGGGAAGCUCCCCCCCUCCCCCCCGCACCGCUCUUAACACUGAGUUAGGGGUUAGAGAGCUGGGGAGAAACUACAGCCGAAGCCGUGGUGUUUGGCCCCCUGGGGCCAACCCUGAUCCUUAGGGCUACCUGCACCUCUGGAUUCUGGAUUCACAGACCAAGUCCAAGCCCGUUCUUUUGUCGCCGUCAAGGCCCCUGAACGGCAUUCUCGGUACUUCUGUUUGUUUUUGUACAUUUUAUUAGAAAGGACUGUAAAUUAGCCACUUAGACACUUUACCUCUUCAGUAUGCAAAUGUAAAUAAGUUGUAAUAUAGGAAAUCUUUUGUUUUAAUAUAAGAAUGAGCCUGUCCAAUUUCUGCUGUACAUUAUUAAAGUUUUAU